AAAUGGCUGCUCCGUUUGGCUGGGAUAAAGGAAAAACUUAUCAUACUGGUCUUCACCCAACAAGAGUUGAAAAAGACUCGCGUACCUCGCUUGAACUAAAAUUUAUAACCUUUUUAGAUCAAUUUCGCGUCGAAGAACACUUCAUAUACAGAGAAAAAAUUAAAAGAAAUUUUGAAGGUCGAAAUUACUAUGUUGAUGUUUCGAUUGAACACCUUGAUGCUUAUGAUCGCAAAUUUUCCGAUAAAUUGAAAGAAACGCCUGCAGACAUGAUGCCUUUGUUUGAGUCUGCAGUACAAAGCUUCGCAAGAAAACUCUUGGUUGAGGUGGAUAUUGAAAUUCCACCUUUUCAAGUCGUGCUUCGUGCUCCCCAAAAGGCAAACAUUAUGAUGCGUGAACUAAACGCGGAUCACAUUUCUAAGCUCAUUCGAAUAUCUGGAAUAGUAAUUUCAGCCACUAAUUUGACUUCAAAGGCAACGCAUGUUCAAAUCAUGUGUAAAACGUGUCGACAUUUUAAGAUGUUACCAGUAGCUAGUGGUUUUUCAGGCGUUCAGCUUCCUAGAACUUUUGGUCCAAAGGAUUGUGGCAUCGACCCGUUUGUUAUUAUACAUGACAGGUGUACUUAUGUGGAUCAGCAAGUACUAAAGAUUCAAGAAGCACCCGAUUUUCUUCCAGUAGGAGAUUUGCCACGACAUAUAACAGUAUAUUUAGAUAGAUAUUUGGCUGAUAGAGCCGUUCCAGGAAGGCGCGUUAAUAUUGUAGGGAUAUAUGAUGUUUUCAACAAUAAUUCCAACAAAAAAAAAAGUCAAGGUAUAGGGACUCGUAUUCCUUAUAUACGCUCUCUUGGUCUCGAGUUUGACAUGGAUCAAGAUGGACAAGGAUUAGCAACUUUCACACAUGCUGAAGAAGAAGAAAUCAUUGCCAUGUCGCGCAGACCAAAUUUUCAUAAAAUAUUUACAAAUAGUAUCGCACCAUCAAUCUAUGGAAAUCAUGACAUCAAAGAAGCAAUUACUUGCUUGCUUUUUGGUGGAAGUAAAAAAAUCCUUGCAGACGGAAUGAAAUUACGAGGUGAUAUAAAUGUAUUGUUAUUAGGUGAUCCUGGUACUGCGAAAAGUCAAUUCUUGAAAUUCGUUCAACAGGUCGCACCAGUUGCAGUAUAUACAUCGGGAAAAGGAAGCAGUGCUGCCGGUCUUACGGCUGCUGUUGUACGAGAUGGCCCAAGUCGUGAAUUUCGUUUGGAAGGUGGUGCAAUGGUACUAGCAGAUGGUGGUGUCAUAUGUAUUGAUGAAUUUGACAAAAUGCGAGAAGAAGAUCGAGUAGCUAUUCACGAAGCAAUGGAACAACAAACCAUAUCCAUUGCUAAAGCUGGAAUAACCACGAUAUUGAAUUCCCGCACAUCAGUUUUAGCAGCUGCUAAUCCUAUAAAAGGUCGUUAUGAUGAUAUGAAAGCACCUAAUGAAUAG